CCUGCCGCUCACGAUUAUUUUUAUUUUUUUACAGAAAAUUUGGGUGUCGACCAAAACCCAAAACGGACGUUAAUUUUGCACCUUUAUGUCAAACACCAGAUCUCGUCUCUCUUCCCGUUGAUCGUUUUCAUCAUCAUCAACUAUCUCUAGUGGGAGUUUAUUCGUAAUUUACUACUCGUUGGAGUUGAAUCGUAAUUCACUAGGUUUUUCAUCCAUUCAUAUUACUGGUUUUACAUGUUGAAUUGCUAAUCUACUAAUCCAUGCGUUUUAUAAUUAGGACGUUGAUCUUAGGCAUUUAAUGGCAUCAUCGAGCAAGAAAAAGCAUGAGAAGGAAGACGACAUCGAAGAAGAAGAAGAGUUUGAACAUUUUGAUGACUUUACCCUAGCCUCUUCAUGGGAAAGGUUUAUUUCUGAAAUUGAGGCUGUUUGUCGACAAUGGCUGUCAAGUGGUCCCAAAAACUUGUUGGAAAAGGGAGCUGUUUCAUUGGGAGAGCUGAAGAAUUUGUAUAAAGUGAAAUCCGAGCUGAAAUAUGCCAUGAAAAACUAUUGCAUGGAGUACUACUUUGAAAUCAGUAAUGCUGGAAAGGCUGUAGAUUGGAGUUCCAGUUUACAUGAGCUGCAAUUGUCUUUUGGUGUGAAAGAAUUCAUGGUAAUUGCACCCCAAAGUGCCAGUGGUGUUAUUCUUGAUUCACCAGAGGCUAGCAAGCUUCUAAGUGCAGUUGCUAUAGCCUUCUCAAAUUGUUCUAGUUUGUGGCCAGCAUUUGUCCCAGUGCAUGAUCCUUCUAGAAAAGCUUAUAUUGGUAUCCAAAACAUGGGAACAGUAUUUACUCGAAGAUUUGAAGGAGAUCUUAUUUCCACUCAAGUUCCUGUAAAACUCAUGCAUUUGGAGGGAUUAUAUGAGCUGUUUGUAUCUAAAUUUGCCUUUUCAUCAUCAGACCUUUCGACACAUUUCUUCAAAGUCCAUUUCACCAUGAAAUUAACAUACAAGACUCUUCCUUAUGAUGAAGACAAUGAAGUGCUAAAUUCUGAGUCUGAGAUUACUGAAUCUGGAGGUGAUAAUGGAGGUGAUAAUAGAAACAAACUACAAUGGGAUGAUGAUUGUCCUUGGAGCGAGUGGUACACUGCAGAAGACCCUGUAAAAGCUUUUGAACUGGUUGCUAUGUGGGGAGAGAAAAUGGUGGAAAGCUCCAUGGAGAUGGCUGAACUUGAAAAUGCUUCUAUUCAUGAUGCUCAAAAUUGGUUCAUUGUUCCCGAAUUCUCUUCUUAUCUCACUGGUGAUUAUACUGGAAACAUGGUUGGAUUUGCUUCACAACUUCGCCUUCUGAUUGAUGCAUUAGCCAUGUCCUUGGAUGUUAAAUUCAUGGAAGAUUUCGUGUCAGUUGAAACAUCAGGAUCCGACAAAUUGAGGUCAUCUGCAGUAAUUCCUCCACCAACAGUUCUUGAUCGUGUGCUUAAAGAUCUUUGUCAUGAUGGACCUGAACUCAUUUCACCUGAAGGUGAAGGGAGACACAAGAGUUCUAGACUUAUUAAGGGGGCUCCUUUGGAAACUCUGUUUGCUCAAUUUUGUUUACACUCAUUAUGGUUUGGAGACUGCAACAUACGUGCCAUUUCUGUACUAUGGAUAGAGUUUAUUAGAGAAGUACGUUGGUGUUGGGAAGAGUCACAACCAUUGCCACGAAUGCCAACCAAAGCUGCAAUUGAUCUAUCAACUUGUUUAGUUCACCAAAAGCUGCAAAUGCUUGCAAUAUGUAUUGAGAAAAAACGUGAACAAGAUAGUACCAGUGACAACAGUAGUGAUACUCCUAGUGUUGAGGCUAAUGAAGACUUUUCUUAUCCAUCAGGAGCAAAGGAAGAAGGUUUAGUGAAGGAAAGUGACAGCACCCCAACUUGUAUGACAUCGGGUAAGAGGAGGGGAUCAGCAGGUGUGGUGGAAUCCUUGAUGCUUUUGAAAUCACAUGACAACAUGCAUGCUCCAUUUACUCAGGAUCCACCAAUUAUGACAGAAGACAUGCAUGAAGAAAGGCUCCAUGCAGUUGAAGUCUUGGGCAAUUCUUUUAGCUUCUCUGGGCAGUUGGAGAAGGACAUCUUAUCUUCAGAUAUGUCAGCAUUUAAAGCAGCAAAUCCAGAAGCUGUUUUUGAAGACUUCAUUCGAUGGCAUUCUCCAAAAGAUUGGGAAGAUGAUAAGAGUUGUGGGCCCUCAGGAGACAAAUGGCCACCUCAAGGAAAACUUUCAGAGAGAAUGUCAGAAUCCGGAAAUUCAUGGCGCAAAAUUUGGAAUGAUGCCCCUCCUCUACCAGCUUCAGAACAAAAACCAUUUAUGGAUCCAAUUAGAGAAGGAGAAAAGAUACUUCAUUAUCUGGAAACAGUAAGACCGCAUCAGUUACUGGAGCAGAUGGUGUGUACUGCUUUCAGAGCUGCAGCUGACACUCUUAACCAGACUAGCUUCGGUGGGUUAAAGAACAUGACAAUAAAAAUCGACCAAUUAUACUUCACCAUUGCUUCUGCGUUGAAGCCUUUGCAAGCAAACAAGCUACCGGGUGAUAUGGAAAUAAUCCAAGAUGUAAAACGGCUCUGUGUUGUAUUCGAACACGUGGAGAAGCUGCUAACACUUGCAGCUUCCCUUCAUCGCAAAUUCCUAAACGCGCCUCGACUUUCACAAACCAUUUUCAAUGAAUUCUACAAUUUAUACGCACCAAAAAUGGGGAAAGUAGGGUUGGUUUCUCAUGAAGUGAGAAAGAAGCAAGAAGUGAGGGGGAACGAGAGAGAUGUUGUAACGGGUAUGUUUGUGCAGCCUUCGGCUAACCAGUCAUGGAGGAAGGUGUUGAGCAUGGGGAAUUUAUUGAAUGGGCACGAACCCAUGUUAAGGGAGAUUGUGUUCUCAUUGCGUGAUAGAGUGGAUAGUAGCUACUAUGCUCCACGUGGCAGUGGGAGUGGGAAUCAAUGGAGUCAUCAACAGGGGGAGAUUGAGACUCAUAGGAUGUAUAUUUGUGGGACUUCAAAUGAUUUAAGGGUUGCUCUUUCUGUUACUUCUUGUGAUUGAGAUUCAUUAGUCUUUCUUCAUUUUGAAAACUUUUCAUUUCUUCUUCUUCUUCUUGUAUGGUUUAUUUUAUAUAUUGUGGUUAACUUUGAAAUGAACAAAGAUUUAAAUGUUGCCCACUUUUCGUGUUACCCUCUUCUCUUUAAACACUAAUAAGAAAGCAAAU